AUGUCGACACAGAUCAAGCCUUUGCUGAGUCUGAGCCUCAUUGAGGCACCACCCAAGUUCUUACAAAGCCUAGAAGAUGCCGGAAAAUUUGUGAAACGUCUUAAAGAGACUGAUCCGGACAUAGUCAAUUCAACUGCUAACCGCUCAGGGACAGAUGAAGAGCGUAGAGCCUUGCAAGCAGGCCUCUUAUACUUGGGCCUUACGGAGCCGGACCCUCGGAGGUCGGCUUGCACCGAUAUAGUUCUCACCGCCCGUGAUAAUCUGAACUACGCUCUUUCGGAACUUACUAGGCUGGUCGCAGAAGCCUGGCCUAAAAUGCCCCAAAACGUACGCUCUAACUUGCUUUCAAUUUUGGCGGAGUUAAUUGCCAUUCGCGGGGCCAGUGUGGAGCUUUUGAUGUUGCACCUUUACCGUCGAAUGCCUAACAUUGCGAGUGUAUUGGACAUUAUUACGCCUCAGUACUUUGUACAAACCCUGAUUCCCCACGAAAUGGAGCAGUGGAUAAGGUGGAUGCUCCGAAAUGUCCACUGUGUGCCGCCUUUUCCCGUCCGAAGAUACCAGGAGUUCUUUCAUGUGAGUCUUGCACAUUUUUCGCCUGGCAUGCAAUAUCUCUGUGCUGUUGUCGCAGUGAGUGCGGUCUAA